ACAGGAUCCAGUUUCCAGAAUAAACAAAAUUUUCCUAAACAUUAUCAUCAUUUUAGCUACUAGAAAAAUAAUGUAGACCCAUGAUUCCAUGACCCCACCAUUGUUGAAUUGCUCUGCAGAAGAAGAAAGUUCUUGAAAAAUAUGGGCAUUUUGCGCAUUGGAGAUAUGGUUGGCACCUACUUAUCUCUAUGUUUUCUUGUUUUGCCAGCUGCUGCAUCUUAAUAUUUUCAACCUAACGACCCUACCCAAAUUCAAUUUUUCAAAGAAGUUUUUGGUUUUAGUAUCAAUAUGGCUGGUUUACAUAACGAGUAAUGCAAAAUUCAAAUUUUAGUUUAAAGCCGGUUUUUUAGUUUCAUAUCUCAUUAGUCCGAGGAUUUCUCGGAUCUAUAUCCCUUUUGUUUCUUAUAUUAUGAGGGCUCAAAAGGGUUUUGACAGUUAGGUUCCGUGGUGAUGUGUAUUGAUUGGUAAAUUGAGUACUUUGAGGUCUGUAUGGUAGGAAAAGGUGAGGUUUAGUGCUAGGGUUCUUAUGGGUUGUUGAAAGUGUAUAAAUUUAGUCCUAUUUAGGGUUUUGACCGCGUGGAUUCAUAUGCUAGCUUUCCUCUGUAGAUGCCCUUGUUGAUUUGAAUUAAAGUUGGAUUGUUGAUUUGGUCCAUGGGCUCGGCUGGGUUCUUUUUGAUAUGUAUUUUGCAUUCUGUUCUAGCUCUAACAUGUGGAACCUUGAUGAUGUUUUACACCAAAGAGAUUUCAGUGUUUUGUCAUGGUAUUGAGGUUGCAAGUAAGCUUCAAGGGUCAACACCUCAUGAUCAGCUCUUGAUCCAAACCGCUGACUCAUUUUCCGGGUUGCUUUUGUUUGCUAUUGGGUCUCUAUUAUUUAUGGUAGCAUUUGUUGAGGAUCGAGAAUUCCAGAGCUUCUUUGCUAAAGGGUGUGUUCUUCUUCAUGUGUCAGUGGCUGUUUGGAGAGUUUACUUCGGAAGGGCAGUUGAGGAUCUUGCUUAUGAUUUGCCUAGGCAGGUUGUUGGAGAUAUUGCAUUAGCUCUCUCAUGGAUAUUCUUUCUUGUGUAUUCAUGGAGAGAAAAGUAUGAUUAGUUAAGAUUUUGCAUUGCCAAGGACUAUUUGGAUUAUGUGGAAGACAGUGAUUAACGGAUGGACAUGUGAAUUAUAUGUUGUAUUGAAAUUGUUGAAUACAAAGCUGGGUUUAGGCAGCUGGAGUUUCAAUCGUUUCAUUGCUGAUUGCGGGGUGAAUAUUUGCUAUUUCAUAUAUUUGGAGCGUUGAGCUCAGACUGGAAUCCGGGUUAUGGUGUGUGCAGAAAUCUGUUCUGGUUUUGGAAUAUCCUUCAAGUUCAAGAAGCUGGGUUUGACAAAUUGACUUGAGAUACAUUUUGAGGAUAUUAAAUAUGUUUCAGUUCCUCUUCUUGUUCAGCCUCACUCUAAUCUAUUCCUAUUUAUGUUUUUCCCAUUCAGAAAAAUUUCCUGUAAAUUCUCUUCAUCUUUAUAUGAAAAAACAAAGAAAUAUAUUCACAAACUGCUUUUUCUCA